GUACCCGAGAGCUGCGCGGACACAUUAGACUCCCGGGGCAGUCCAUUGCAUCAUCCUAAUUGGCUCUCCUUCUGAGGAACGAGACCGGUCCACUGCGUCUGGAGUGUAAUUUUUAUUGAAUGCAACAGUCCUGGCCAAAACUGUGUGUCUGUUAGCGAAAGGAUCAGGGGGCUCGGACUGCUGGUCCGUUAAAUUCAUAAAGAGCGCUUGCGGCCAGGCAGCGGGCGGAAAAUUUCAUUUGGCCUGAAAAGAUUCUACUUCGCAGCUGCUUUUGAUAUUGGUAGCAGCAGGCCCAGGAUGGACGGGCCGGUGGAUUAUCGAGACAAAGGUGAUGGCCUUCCGAAGGGGCUUGACCAAGACAGUGGCAUUGGCAGUGGAUACGACAAGGUGAAGAAUGAGAAACGUUGUUGGAAACGACGGAGCAGUUUGGAAAAGAAGUUAAUCGUAUUCAUCACAUUGGCAGCCUUUCUCAUACUCGUACUUAUCAUUGCAGUUAUAGUUAUAGCAUCAACAACAAACAGGCAAGGUGAUAUUUGUUAUUCAGAGGGGUGUAUAAAUGCAGCGUCAAGAAUUAUCAACGGUAUCGAUCGAGAUGUAUCACCAUGCGACAACUUUUUUAAAUUCGCGUGCGGCCAGUGGAAUCGGAAUCACCGAAUACCUAGCGAAGAUUCCCGAACGACCAGCUUCGGUGUUCUUCGGAAAGAGGUGAGAGCGAUUGUUCGAGCGUCGUUGGAGGAACCCGUUUACGCAACAGAUCCAUUGGCGGUUGCGAAGGCAAAAGAUCUUUACAAAGAAUGCCUGAAUGGAACCCAAACGGAAGCCCGUGGAAUAGCACCUCUGAUGGAUCACCUUUCCUACUUUGGUGGUUGGCCCGUUAUCAACAAAACCUGGCGCGAGGAGGAUUUUGACUUGGUGGACCUGAUGAUCAAGUCAAGGACACAAGGCGUUGAUACCCUCUUCUGGACGCGGGUCAAACUUGAUGAAAAGCAGUCCGACUCUCACAUAAACACGAUAGGGGAGGCUGGCCUUGGCAUGCCAAGCCGAGAUUACUACCUCAAUGGAAGAGACGACGCUUCUUUAAAGUCAUAUGAGAAGUAUGCCACCGCCAUGGCAAUCUUGCUCGGGGCAGAUCCAAGUCAAGCGAAUGAGGAGAUCGAGAAAAUGGUGGACUUGGAGAUUGAAUUAGCAAAGAUUAAAACCCGACAGGAAGACGAGAGGGACUUGGAGAAAAUGUACAAUAAAAUGACAGUGAAAGAGCUCAGAGAAAAAUACUCAGAGUUUGAUUGGGGAAGAUACAUGACGGGAGUAUUCGCGUUUGCAAACAUCACCUCGAAUGACACAGACCUCGUUAUAGUUAGGAAACCAGCAUAUCUCACAGCUAUGUUCAAAUUGAUAAACUAUACACCUAAAAGAACUGUGGCAAAUUACAUUGUUUGGAGGCGAGUAAAGGGAAAUAUGGACCGACUGCCGAAAGAAUACAAGAAGCCAUUAAGUGCUUACAAGAAGGAAAUUACUGGUUCUAGCGGAGAAAGGGCACGGUGGGAGGUUUGCGCCGGUUACACCGAAAAGUACCUGGGUGGUGCUGUUGGCCGGAUAUUCGUCCAGAAGAAAUUUGAUGAGAAGGCAAAAGGCCUUGCAGAAGAAAUGAUAGAAAACAUCCGAGCGGCAUUCAACGAAUUUCUUGAUGAAAAUGAUUGGAUGGACGACGUCACUAAAAAGGCCGCGAAGGAAAAGGCAGCUGUCCUGUUGCCAAGGGUAGCCUACCCUGAUUUCAUUAUGAAUGAUACGGCUCUGGAUGAAAAAUACGAAGAUAUAGUGGUGAUCACCAACAAAUAUUUCGAAACAAAUAUCGCUAUCAAGAGUGUGUAUGCAAAGAAUAACAUAGCAGAGAUACAGGAAAAGGUGGACAAAUCAGAAUGGCCUUUUGUUCAUCCAUCAGCAGUGAAUGCAUAUUAUUUUCCAAACUCAAAUCAGAUAAUGUUUCCGGCUGGUAUCCUCCAGCCACCAUAUUUUCAUCUAGAAUAUCCCAAAUACCUCAACUACGGUGGCGUGGGUUUAAUGAUGGGACAUGAAAUAACUCAUGGAUUUGACGAUGAAGGUCGUCAAACAGAUAAAGAUGGUAAUUUGGUUCCCUGGUGGACACCUUCGGCGGUUGAGAACUUCAAGAAGAAAGCCCAAUGCAUCAUUGAUCAGUAUUCUAGUUAUAAAGUAGAGGAGGUUAAUAUGACGCUUAAUGGCAUCAACACCCAGGGGGAGAAUAUCGCAGACAAUGGCGGUCUAAUGGAGGCUUUCAGGGCAUACAGAAAUUACGUGUCCUCGAGGGGUAGCGAGGAACCAAGAUUACCCGGUGUCGACCUCUCAGGGAAUCAAUUAUUUUUCGUCAACUUCGCCCAGAUAAGAUGCAGCAAAGAACGUCCGGAAUCCUUCUUGAUGGCUAUAACAAACUGGCGACAUAGUCCUAAUAGAUACCGCGUUAUUGGUACGGUAUCCAACAUGCCUGAAUUUGCCGCAGCAUUUAACUGCCCGGUUGGCUCACCAAUGAACCCAGAGAAGAAGUGUCGAGUGUGGUGAGAUGAAAACGCCACUUCGAGAAAGAAUAUUUCAGACUUCGCCAGGCGGUCACCAACCAGCUCAACUCGUACCGUACUGUACGUAAUGAACAAGGAUGUACUGAUACCAACAAGCCCUCGGUACAGACGUUAGAAGAUACACGCAUUCGCCACUUUCCUCAAGCGGAAAUUAUGUAGGACUUGCUGUCAGUGACAGGUUUUGACCAAUCAAAACCGCGUAUGAGAUAAUGGCCGUGAUGUCUGUGCCGAACAAGCAUGACAGCUCUCUUUUAAUUGGUCUAUACCUGUCAAAAAGUCCCACAUUGUUGCUUGAGGAAAGCGGCGAAUUGGACUUUUAUCACUCUAAUUUGACUGUGCAUCUCGCCAGUUGACAGAAGAGAUGUAUACGUAGCUAGAUUAGCCCAUUUCAAAGUCAGUUUUACCAAUUACAGUGCCUUCUUCAAGCAGUUGAUGGGUGUUUUAAUUUUUUAAUUUCCAUGACAAUUUUUUCAACUGUUCAUCGAAACGGGACGUUGGUACAUGUUAUGUACAUGUAAUAUAAUGUAUAAACAGCACAAAGUGUCCAUAGGCUGAGCGUGCAUAUACAGUACAUGUACGACAGUACAAUAUGCAAAGCAUAUAUCUUUGCCGAUCUUUUAAAUUUCAAUUUGAUUCUCAAAUAAGAGAGUGAUCCCAUGCAUCGGAAAUGAUUGAAUGGAUUAAUAAUGUUAUUGUUAAGACAUGAUAGACACCACAAAAACAGGACAUGUAUAGAUUAAUAAUUGAAUCAUGAGAAAGCUUAAAAGGUUUCUCAUUAAUAGAAUCGUUCAAAGCAUUGUCCACACAUGGUUUUUUUAUAUUGGUCAGUAUAAGGGAUGGCGGGGGUUGUCCGAAAUAAACAUUAACAAAAUAAGGAA